GACGCGCGGUGAGCGCCCGCUCGCUGGUGUGCUGUGCCUCCCAUGCCGUGCCCCAUCCCCACAGCGACCUCAUCUACUCCAUCGGAACCUUAUCCUCUCCUGUUCCCCUCCAUUUUCUUCUCCCCUGCGCCUUCUUCCUGCUCGGGCCAAGCCAAGCAGAGGCGCAACCGCCGGCGCCCACCCAUCCCCGGCCGCGCCUCCUCCGAUUCCUUCCACGGAUGCCUAGCCAACCUCGUCCUCCAUCUCCACCGCACAGCACCGGGCCCGGCCGAGCUCUACCCCGGUCGAAUCGGCCCCCGCUCUGGCCAGUCGCCAUGGAAGCCCUGCUCGAAGCUCCGGCCGUCGUUGAUCCGCUCCGUCCGGUCCUCCUCCACCCGAAUCGAGGCCGCGGUGAGCUCCACCGUGUUGCCCCCAUCCUCCCCGGCCCCUUCCCCGACCUACAUCGUCCGCCCCCUUGCCGGAACAAGCUCGCCCUCGCAGCUCGAGCUGCUGCUCCGCAGUCGGCCCCCUACAAACCACCUCCGAUCCCGGUUCUUGCAUCAAACCGGCCCUAGGUACGCUAGAUGUACGACGCGUGGACGUGAAGCACCUGAUGUUGUAGCCAAGCCCGAAGACGGUGUUCAAUGGACAGAUCCGGAAGAUGGAAGGACUGUCUUGAGUGCAUGCUUGGACUAGAGAUGAUGUCAAGUCGGUGCAAGACUGCAAGCCUGACUUUGUGUCAAACCUCAAGCAAGCCCCGGAGCAUAACCUUUAUUUUCAGUAUUCAAUGUUUAUUUAAGUAUUUGUGCAUUUACGUUUCUAGGAGUUGUAUGAAACCCUUGUAUGCAUGUCUCUCCCUAGGUACAUAUGAGUCUAUACUACUAUGCAUGUGUCGUUAGAAAUGCCUUGCUAAGUAGGAACUCGGUAGAAGUCGAGUGAUUCCUGUCACUCGCGAGAUAUAGGUCUUGUUACUUAUGGAAAAGAUGCUGGAGAAUGAAUCAAUGAGGAAAAAAAAUGAAGACCCGGCGGAGAUGAAUU